AUGAACUUCGACCUCCCGUCUGAUGUACAGUCUUACCUCUCACGACUGGACGCCUUCAUCCACGACAAGAUCCUCCCUUUGCAGCACAAGGAUGAUAACAACCGUUUCUUUGACCACCGCCGCGAGUCAUCUCGGACGCAAUGGGACAACCAAGGUCUCCCUACAGAGGACUGGGAAGACUUGCUUCAUCAGGCCCGCAAACUCGCCGAUGAGGCGGGCUUCUAUCGCUUCACAUUUCCAAGGGAAUAUGGCGGUGCUGGAAGUGACUCGCAGAACCUGCACAUGUGUGCCAUCCGAUACCAUCUGGCCUCACAUCCCGUGUACGGUGGCGGCCUAAGUCUCGCCAACGACCUGCAGAACGAGCACAGCGUUGUAGGCAACAACCCUAUCAUCAUCAUGCUCCAUCACUAUGGCACCCCCGAGCAACAGAAACAGUUCAUCCCCGCGAGCAUCCGUGGCGAGUUCAGGGCGACCUUUGGGCUGACUGAGAUUCACCACGGCUCUGACGCCACGCAUAUGGACACCAUAGCGAAAGCGAUUACUCUGCCAUCAGGCGAGCCAGGGUACGAAAUCAAUGGGAACAAGAAGUGGCAGACGGGUAUGCACAGUGCGACGCAUUGCCUUGUCUUUGCUCGCACAUCUGGCAAGGCGGGUAACCCCAAGGGCAUAACCGCAUUCAUAGUCCCCCGGGACACGCCGGGGCUGACAGUGGCUUCGUAUGAGUGGACACUCAACAUGCCUACCGAUCAUGCCACAGUCUUGUUUGAAAACGUUCGCGUCCCGGCAUCAGCGAUCUUGGGUCCUGUCGAUAAUGGUCUCGCUAUCGCGCAGACUUUCACCCAUGAAAACAGAAUCCGCCAAGCCAGCUCAAGCUGUGGCGCCGCACGUUACUGCAUUGACCGAAGCGUCGAGUAUGCAAAGAAACGGAAGGUGUUUGGGAAACCGUUGUCGGCGAAUCAAGCCAUUCAGUGGCCUCUCGUAGAGUUAUCGACUCAGGCGGAGAUGUUGAGGCUUCUGAUUCUGCGAACAGCGGUCGAGAUGGAUCGAGUCACAGCGGAAUGCAAGGUCACCGGAAAGGCGCCAUGGGUAGCCAUCGAGAAGCAGCUGGGGCAUAAGAUCGGUAUGUGCAAUUAUUAUGCCAACCGAUUGGCAACUGAAUCGGCCGAUCGAGCAAUUCAGAUUCAUGGUGGGGUUGGAUAUUCAAGACAUUAUCCAUUCGAACAUAUGUGGCGACAUUUCAGACGGUAUAGAAUCACUGAAGGCAGUGAAGAAGUGCAGAUCAGAAAGGUUGCUGCUUAUCUGUUUGGGUACAAAACGACAGGAGAGGAAGAAGAGAAGAAGACUGCUGCGAAGUUGUAG